CACAGCUGAGGAGUUUCAGCGGUCUAAAUGCAAACACAGAGGCUGAGCGUUCGCUGGAACACACACGGUCUCCGGGUCUGAGUUCUACUCCUCCAUUCGGCCUCUCCACCCCCGAUCAACUCAUCUUCCCUCAGAGAUGAUGAGCGUGCAGGCGAGCCUUGGCACUGUUUGUGAUGGACUCUAUCAUGCUGGGCUGGCCGGGCUUUGACACUGAGUGAGCAGCACUAGCCGUUAGUGUUCUGGAACCAGGUAAUUCGGAUUUGGGAAGAGGAGGAUUGUCCGCUUGAUGAUUUGGUGCGAUGAUUUGUUCUUUUCUUUGCCACAUUGGUUCUUAGCAGACUAAAACAUGAUGGCCUCCCCCCGGUUGUCAGCCUUUGUUUUGCUGUUUUUCACUCAGCUGAAGGGACACCUUGCGGACCCGCCAUCAGGUCCCCAGAAUCUGACCUGCCAAACGAAUCUCACCAAACCAGCAACGCUGCACUGCAGAUGGACUCCAGGAUCUGACACACUCAUCCCCACAAGCUACACCUUCCACACAGAGAUAAGGUCACAGAUGGUGAGGUACAAUUAUUCCAUCCCACCUGGGGUGAACAACAUCAUCAUACCACGGACAGAGUUCCCGCUCUAUAACAAGAUCCAGGUGUAUGUGAAGGCUCAGAAUGCUUUGGGUCAGGUCACCACACCGCCCCUGCUACUCGAUCCUAUGGAGGCAGCAAAGCUUGAUCCGCCGAGGAUUGAGAAAGUUAAGCCCGAGCCCAGGAGAUAUGGCUGCUUAAUGCACAGUUGGAGUCUCUGUGCAGAUCAGGACUGGGUGAUGGUACGACUGGAAAUGGAGCUGCUCUUGGAACCAGUGGACAGCACAGUCUCAGAUGAAGAGAAGGUUCGUGUCAGGCCUGUGAGGAACAAAAAGGAUGUGGAGUUGUGUGGGCUGCUGCACGGGACAGAGUACCAGGCCCGGAUCAGGGUCCGAUAUCGGCAAAGCCCCUGGAGCGAAUGGAGCGACCAGGCCAGAGGGAGCACACUUGAAAAAGCUCCUAUGGGGCAUCUGGAUACUUGGCUGAAGGUGUCAGAGGGACAGAGCUCAGCCCAUAACACAGCCGAGCUGGUCUGGAAGCCCUCCAAGCAGUUCCGAGCCAAUGGCAGGACUGUGUACUACGUCGUCUCCCUGGCAGCCAGCAAGAUCUGUGUCACAAGGGAAAGCCACUGCACUUUCAAGAUCCCCAAGGGGGCCCAGAAGGUGUACCUGACAGCGGUGAAUCCUGCCGGGAGAUCCAGACCCACUGAAGUCCCCGUGUAUACACACAGAGCCCUCCUCCCAGUCUCUUCUCUGAGAGUCCUUCCGCAUGGUGAUACAGAGCUUCUUGUAGAAUGGAGCAGCCCUCCUGCCUCCUCCCCUAUUGGCUAUGUGUUAGAGUGCAGACAGCAGCGUGACAGGGGCUCCUCUUUCGUCUCCUUUCAUUUGUUGGACAGAAAUCAAUCCGGCGCCUCAGUGUCAGGUGGUAUUGAGCCGUACACGCCAUACGAGAUCUCUGUGUACCCAAAGUAUAAGGAUGGUGUGGGUCUUCCCCGCACUGAAACGGCCUAUUCCAGACAAAAAGCCCCUUCCACAGCUCCCACACCAAAGUUGAUUAAGAUCUGGUAUUCCCAAGCUGAACUUUCCUGGGAUGAAAUUCCAGUGACCCAAAGAAAUGGCAUCAUUCAAGGCUACCAAGUUUUCUACUGGGAUGAGCAUGGUGAUACCAAAGUGAUUGAAGUGAAGGCCACAGAAAGGCGUGGAGUCUUGAAAGACCUCAAGCCCCUGACACCGUACAAAGCCUUCAUCAUGGUCAGCACUUGGGGUGGUAGUCUUAACGGAUCCACAGUGACCCUUAACACAGGCUCACUGGAUGCGUUUGGAAUCGUUCUGAUUGGCAUCCCAGCAUGUGUUGGGAUAACUUUGGUCUUCAUCUUCAUCCUGCUGACCAGUUUGACAAAGCAUGAAUGGCUGAAGAGGUUCUUGUGGCCUAAAAUUCCUGACCCAGCCAACAGCAGCAUUAGGAAGUGGAGCACAGCUGAAUUACUACAGGACACCCCACCCGAGAAGAACUCUCCGGAACCCGGGCUGGUGUUUCUCUCCCAUUUAAGCGUUGUUGACCUAACUGAAAAGAAAUUCCUCCAGAAUGACAAGGACCACUGGCUGUGCCAUGACAGUGAGUCUCAUCUGCACUCCUCCCAAAGCUCCAGCCCCUUUGACUCAGAUGGCACGGGUGAACCUGUCCCGUACGCCACGCUGGUCUUCUCAGGCCCCUACCAGUGCCAGCCUCCUCAUCCCACCUAUCUACGCUCAGAGUCCACUCAGCCUCUGCUUGAGGAGGAGGAGCCCCAGAGCCCCAUGACCUUUGACUCCCAGCCAUAUGAGAACAUACUUGUCCAGGGGGAAGAUGCAGAACAUGUCUUCAGUGAGUGCGAAGAGAAUGCUGGGCUGGACAAGGAAGAACGUCAGCUGUGGGUGGACUUCCCACUUCUUAACUCUUUAGCAAUGAAUGAAGUUUGAUGGCAUGGAGUUUUUCUGCUUAAUCUGACCCAUAGCCUUCUGAGUGAAGUAAAACCGUUUUUGGGGGUUAAAAGAAUAAUACAUCAGUAUUAUCCUCAAGAAAAAGUCAGGAAUGUCUGAUUCAAGACUCAAGAAUUGCGGAAAAACAUACCCAUUAUGGCUUGCUUUUAAUUUGUUUAUGAGGUAACUGAUGAUGACUUGUGGCUUUUCGAAGAACUAAUGCCAACAAGUGUCUGUAGAAUGUUGUGCAAUAAUCAUUUCAGUUGAAGAUGAUUCCGUUUUCUUCACAGAAGGAUUGUUGUGUUGAUUUUUGUUAUACCUCCACACUGCCAGCAACAAACUUAACAUGCUUUUUGUGUAGCAAUAACAGUUAUAGUGAACGGCAGAUUUUUGCUUUGAUCUAUAAACCACUUAGUUCCAGAUCAUGUCUACAUAAAUACAUGAGGCUGAAAUGCAUCAUGUCUGAGAACAGCAGUUCAUAGGCAAUGCUUUGGUACCAUCUUCUGGCUUACAAUGUAAAUGCACACUAGCAGCAGUCAAAAGUUUUGGUUGAAAACUAGCCAGCUGCUAUGCAAACGGCAUACUAAAACCUUGCAAACACCAAGAAGCUCAACUGGGACUGAUUAAAAACAGAGCUCUAGGGCAUACCCCGGGCGGCUAGUGGGGAUGACAUGACAGGAAUUUGAAGAUGAUAUCAAAACUAAUUCCCUAUUAAGACAUACCUCUAAAAAGUGACAAAUUGUUGCAUACUGUUGCUUUAAAAGUCACUGAACUUACAAACAUCCCAAAGAUACAAUGUGUGCUUUUUAUUAAUAAUAAAUAUUUGGAAAAUUUUGAAAUGCUUCUAGACCUACAUGCACUACAUGUCUCUGAAGAAUAAUAAUUGACUUGUGUCUUCCACACAUCUUGAUUGUUUAAUUAAGAAUCUGUUGACAAUUUAGUCGUAAAAUGUAAAACGCCACAUAACAAAGUGUUCGCUUAGCCUACAACCGUAACCACUUGUGAAGAGCACAGUAAUAUUGGGAAAUCCCUUUAAAGUUAUCAUCAGAUUUUCUUUCCCCCCCUUUUUUUUACAACACAUGCAACUUUAAAUUACUUGGCCUUUUUGGCUGGUUCACUGUCUGUUAGGCCUGCACUGCAAACAUGUUAAGUGCGCGAACGAUCUUAUUGUUUUCAACAGCUCCUAAUUAUGAAUGAAGGGAACUGAGUCAUGCUUGAGAGCCGUUCUUUUUAUUGUUGUGCCCACAUUUAACCGCAUGCUCUAAAUCCACUCCGCUGCUUGACAAUAAGGUGGAACCUGCUACACCUGGUCUGCUGGCUAUUUAGGCUUGCCUGGAUUUUGGUUUUGCUGAUGGCUUUGCGGACGCUUUGUACUUUUUGGGCAUUUUUUUGUUUGCAUUUUUGCCUAUUCUUUAAGAAUUGAAUUGUACAAUUAUUUACCCUUUAUUCGAUGACAUGGGCUGCAAUUAAAAUAGUUAAAUAGUGAAAUGCAUAUCUUUUUUAAAUAAGGCUUGUGCUUUUAAUUUUCAUUUCUUACAAAACUUUCUGCUAGCUCUGAUUAUUGUGGGUUUGAGUGCCUACUGUUUUGUUACGGCUAGAAUUGAGGUUUCAUUCUCUGUUAAAUGCGGCUGCGCCUUUACACCGCUUAAAAUUUAAGGUGAAACCAGCAGUUAGCUGUGUAACAUUAAUGAAUGCUGUCUGAUAUGUUGCAUGCAUUGAUUGCCCUGUGUCUCUAAAUACUCGUUUCGGUUGAUUAGCAACGAAUAGGGCCUUUUUUUGCCGAAGAUUUUAACUUUUUGCCUUUUUCCUCUUUUUGAUUUUUUUGGAGCCGCCUUAAAAAAUCAUAGACUCUAGCCUAGAGGAAGAGCAGUCUGUCUGUGUGUUAGCCAGGUAUACAUAAGGUUCUAUGUGAUUAGUGAUGAUUGUGAACUGAAAUAACUUUGACUGUUUUAGUUAAUUCUAUCUGCUAUUCUAAUUUGCCCUCUUUAGUUUAACAUUAAUUGAACUAUUUGUGUUUAGUUUAAUUUCACUCUGUCUGACAUGGUAAUGGUGACCUGGUGUUCAUCUGGCGCCCAACUUUAACCCCCACUACCGCAAGUGUUUUAAAAGUAUUUGGGAUUGCGGAAUCUAUAACAUGCUGCAUGCAUUUUGUCAGUGACCGUCGCAGAUGAACGCGGCUAUGUGCGCGUCCGUCGGAAGUAGCCUAAUGAUAAUAAAAAUACGAUUGAUUUGUAUGGCGGUUUUCAUGGACCCCAAAGACGCUUUAGAGAGCAAACAUGUAAACAGAUGACAGACGAUAUGGUGGGGAAGUGUUGUAGUAGAGAGCCAUGUGACACAUAGACCAUCACCCUCAUUUCAUAGCACCAUCGAUAAAACGCCGAGCAACCCCAUAGCACCUGCAGAAAAAAAUCUCUGGCACCGCCACUGGUGAGCAGUACAUCUGAGAAAUAUUUCAUUAAAACCUCUCAUAUCUGCUUGAAUGCAAAAUGCGAACAUUCCAUUCUAAUCAUUUGUUGGAGUGAACCUUUAUCAUGCUCCUUUGCAUGUUUGUUUUACAAAUACAUAUGCAGAAAGAUUAUAUCUUUCCUAAAACUGCUACUUAACUAUUUCAAUUACUUCAUUAAAGUAUUGUAACUUAGACAUUUGGUUACUUUUAAGAGCCUCUGAGACCUGCUUGAAUACAAAAUGUGAACAUACUGCCUAACAUUACCAUGCUUCUUUGCAUGUUUGUGUCAGCCAGACAAUCCUCUCAUGUAGAGUGAGCUGACAAAUGUGUCCUGACCCAUUACCUGUUUCUUAAAGGGACAGUCAGGCUCAAAUGUAACUUUGUCUUUGUGUCCUCGGGGCUGGGCUACUACAAUACUGUAAACUCUUCAUCAACCUCUUGAAACAUGGUGCUAUGUAUCACAAUGACAACCUCCUGAAACAUGCCGUUAUGUAUCACCAUGACAGUGGGACACUCCUCUGCCUUCUGAAACAUGGCGCUAUAUAUCACCAUGAAAACCUCCUGAAACAUGGCGCUAUGUAUCACCAUGACAGUGGGACGCUCCUCUGCCUCUCUGCAUUGUAUAACUGCUGGUAGGGUUUCUCUGUUCCAUGUAAGUGAAAAUUAUACGAGUCCAACAGUUUAGCUUUGUUUGGAGUACAUCACUGUCUUAGCCAGUCCCACCUGCAAACCAUCCACCAAUCACAGAGAGACAUGGGUGGGCCAGCUACUGCAUUGGCUGCACCCCGACUUAACAGUCCAAUCUUAUUGGUUGUUAGUUCAAUCAUUCACUCUGCAAAAACGGAGACUGGUUGAACAUCUUUUGGUUACACAAGCGUCAGUGAGGAUUUUGUGAGUAAUAAGGCGGUCGCCAUAGAAACCUGACCAAGGUUCCUGUGACUCCGAGAAAGAUGGGAAAUCCCUGAGAGGAAGUGAAAUUCCCUGGUCAGGCACGUGUACUCUCAUAUCUACGGGGACGUGAGCCAAACACAUGUGCAUGCAAUGGUGCCUGUAAGCAUAAAAACAAAGGCAUAUUUUGUCAGAAUAACUGUUACGGAUUACACUUACACUUAUUUUGUAAUUUAAAUACGUAAUUUAGUACAUUAAAUGUAACUAGUGAAAAUAUUCACACAAUCGCUUCCAAUUUCUAAAGCAUUUGUGAACCGUGUGGAAGAAACGCUGUUUCUUUAAGCAAUACUAUCAGAAUUAGUAACUAGGCUACUGUGGAGAACCCAGAACCAAGAGCUUUGUAUUUUGAUAAAGGCCAAUAAAGGUAGAUCCAUAACACAUUAUGCAAAACAACCUAAAGACUGAACAAGACUGACUGGAUGUGACAAUGUGACAGGGGAGGAUUGCAUCACAACAUUGGUUCUCCGCAGCCAAACUGAUUAUGCAUAACAAGUUUGAAUACGACUGACUGGGAAGGAUUGCAUACAACAUUGCCAAACUGCUGCUAGGCAUUGAUUCCUACCGCGCAUGCGCUGGUCCCGCCCUUCCCGCCCUUUCCCGCCCUUUCCAACCGUGCCCCAGCCAGCGACAAAGAACAGAAACAAAGAGUGUAUUAUUAUUAUUGGCUCGAGGGAAACCCGAACAGGAAGGGCUCUACCGGAAUAUCGGCGAGCUGCACCGAGAAGCAAGACACGACCCCAUUAGACUCAGAGAUUCCACACACAGAGAGGAUGUGCUGCAGACGGCGGGCCGUCCUUUUCGCUAUUUGUCUGCUCUUGGGGACCGCGUGCUCUGAGAAGCAGCUGUGGGUGACCGAGGGUGACAGCGCCAUCCUCCCCUGCCUUCUCUCACGUCCCUUUCCCCCUCUGAAUGAGAUCACUGUGGCCUGGCAAACCAAAGAGGAGAAGAAGAAGAAGGGCCUCACGUUCUCUUCAGGAGAAGAGAAGCCGGUGGAGGAACGAGACCAGAUGCUUAAUUUCUUUGCUAAAGGCAAGGAGGACUCCAGACAUCAGUCCCCCCCCUACAUCAACAGGACCCGUCUCAUCAGUGACCAACUGCAGGCUGGGAACUUCAGUCUGGAAUUACUCAAUGUCUCUAUGCGCGACAACAACACCAUCGUCCAGUGUGUUGUAUCCUAUUUUAGAGGAACUAAUUAUUAUUAUUCUUGUCGUAGCAAUGUGACCUUACUGGUGAAAAGGAGAGGAGAUGGUAAGGAUUAUGUCACGCUCCAUUGCUUAAAUUAGCAACACUGCAUCCAAUCACUCAAGUAGUCAAUCAAUAAAUCAAUCAAUCAGUUACUUAAAAAGAACCCAAAGUCAGCCAGGAUGUGAAAAUUUCAAAUACCCAACCUCGCACUGACAAACCAUAUCCUGCUGCUUUGCUGCUAGUGCAUUUUUUCCUGCAUGUUUCCUCUAUGUCCUUUUCUCUCACAGAUGAUGGUGAGCAGUCAGCAGCCCCCCCUGAUAAUGUGAGCAUACAGCAGCCCCCCCUGCAAACAGCAGAAUGUGGAUUCGCUAUAUAGCACCAUUUGGCAGUCUUUUGGUGCUACUGGUCAUGGCAGCAGUUGGAUUUAGGAAGUGCAAAUCAGCGCUCCCAAACCCCAACACUGACCCUUAGGAGGUCCUGGUGCUCAAGGUGGGAGAGGAGGAUGGAGGAGCUGAGAGGAGCAAGCGUGAGCAGCAGGACAGUCCUCUGUCUCUCCAGAAUGGACACGGAGGAGGGGAACAACACCGGGAGAAUCACGUUUAACUCAUCUGUGUGAGAAACAACCAAACUGAUUAUAUACUAUUAUUCAUAUGAUAUGUCAUGUUAAUAUUAUUAUAAGAUAGCUACGUAUAUACAAGAGGUUUGUAUAGGCGUAUUUAUAUUAUAAUAACAGGCUUAUCUAUAUGAUAAUAAUAAUAAUAAUAAUAAUAAUAAAAUAAUAAUAAUAAUAAAGUCUUCCUACAAACAGCUAGAUUUGGUCAAAACAAAGCUAAGCUUAAAAAUCAAAUCUCAACAUCAACAGGUUUACAGAGAGAUACAUGAGUAUGCAUUUUGUGUAUUUUUGUCAACAAAAACGAUGUAUUACUCAAUAUAAAAGAUAAUUUAUAUACAGUAUAUCUUUGUCAGAUAGAUGUAAAUGGUGUGACCGGCUGUGUAAAUAUUGCAUAUGGAGACUGGGUAUGAAAGAGUCUUAUUGUCCAGACAUGCCCAGACAUGCCUUCUAAGACUAGUUGGUUAAGACAAGGUAAUGUAGCCAUCUCGUGGAGGGAUUACGAACUACAUGAAAUUGUAACUGGAUAAGUGUUGAACAUCAAAUCAGCAAUUAGAGGCUCUUUUGUGCUGUGUCUGCAACAUCUUUUUUUAUUAAUAAAAACAUCUGGCUUUUCUCAA